AUGAGAUCACAAUUACAACACUUGCUGCUCUUCUGCAUCACAGGAAUCGCAACGGCUUCCUUCAAGAUCCCUUUCCUUUCCAAAAAGAAACAAUACACUCCACUCAUAUUUUUCACUGUUCCAAAAGAUGUGAUUCCAGAAUGUGACGAAAUGGAAAAGGUGGUGUCGGAGGUCGAAAGGGAACUUGGAGUAAAAGUUGAGAGAUUAGACAUCGUGAGGGACCCAGCAGCGGAAGCCACUCUUGCUGCCUUGACGAACAGAGGACCACCUUACUUGUAUAAUAAGGAAUCAUGUCAGGUUAUAUCCAAAGAAGCCGAUGAUUCAGGAGCCAUAAAGCAAACAGUGAUUGAUAAAGACCGAGUGAGAGCGUGGGCAAAGGGCCGAUUCUUAAUGCCCAAGUCUGCCAAGAUGGGAAAUAUGAAGGUUUUGUCUCAAAAAGACAAUUCUCUGGACCAAAAGGAUUUGGUAGAAGACAUGUCCUUGACUGAGAUGCAAAAGAGAGGCAAGGAAGCCAUCAAGAAGCGAACUGAAGAAAAAUCAAAAGAAAAGCGAGAAAGUUAA